AUGGCCAGCGCCUCCUUGCUCCCGGCCAUGGCGCUGCUGCUCCUGGCAAUGGCGGUGGCCUCCUCCGACGCGCAGCCCUCCCCCGGCUACUACCCGAGCUCGAGGUUCAGGCCGGUGGUGUUCAACCGCGCGUACAGCAACAAGUGGGGCCCGCAGCACCAGACGCUCUCCGGCGACCAUUCGGCCAUCACCAUCUGGCUCGACAAGACCUGCGGUAGCGGGUUCAAGUCGAAGCAUGCGUACAGGAACGGCUACUUCGCCACCCGCAUCAAGCUCCCCGCCGGCUACACCGCCGGCACCAACACCGCCUUCUACCUGUCCAACAACGAGGCGCACCCCGGGUUCCACGACGAGAUCGACAUGGAGUUCCUGGGCACCAUCCCCGGCGAGCCCUACACGCUGCAGACCAACGUGUACGUCCGCGGCAGCGGCGACGGGCGGAUCAUCGGGCGGGAGAUGCGGUUCCACCUCUGGUUCGACCCCACCGCCGGCUUCCACACCUACGCCAUCCUCUGGAACCCGGACGCCAUCACCUUCUUCGUGGACGACGUGCCCGUCCGGCGGUACGAGCGCAAGACGGAGCUCACGCGGCAGCAGUACGCGGCGAUGCGGUGGGCGCAGCAGCGCCACAUGGUCUACUACUACUGCCAGGACUUCCGGAGGGACCGCUCGCUCACGCCGGAGUGCUGA